AUGAAUAGUCGAGAUUCUUUCCUAAACCUUUCACGAUGGCUUGCGGAUGCCCGAACAUUGGCUAGCCCCAACCUUGUUGUGGUACUUGUAGGCAAUAAGUCUGAUCGGGAAGAUGACAGAGAAGUCGAGUGGGCUGAGGCGAGCAGAUGGGCGGCAGAGAACGGGUUCUUUGCAGAUGUCCACUUUCUAGAAGCCUCGUCAUUAACAGGGGAGAAUGUGGAAGCGCCGUUCCUACUAGCGGCCCGUGCGAUCCUCCUCGCAAUAGAAUCAGGUACUUUGGAUCCCGAGAAAGCUGGCAGCGGUGUCAGCUACGGUGAUAGAGCAUUGCGCAGAGUCAACAGCUCUAGUCGUCUGAGUUUUGGCAGUCUGAGUGGGGCACGACGGCGGGGCACGGUCAAACUCAAGGUCAAGAACUGGAUUCCUGGAUCUAAAUGCUGUUGA